CAGAUCUUGAGCAUACCCCACUUUUUAUACUUCAAAUUGGUUUCAUGUAGCAUAUAUACAUAAUCAACCAACUGAAAGUGUUGCCAUUACAACUAUUCUCUAUCAACACCUCAUUUUCCUUGGUCACUAUACCUUAUUAGUGCUACAUGAGAGGACCACACUCACAUAAUAUCAUCAUCAUGAACACUCAUGCUCUUCAGCUUGCCCUUUCUUCCUUUUCUUCAUUAAUUCUUUAACAAACUUUUCUCUUUCUCUCCAUUUCCCCCCUGAAAUUCUACCUAGAGUUUGUGUCCUGUUUGUAGAAGUAGAAUGGAGAGAAAUUUCAGUUCAUAUAAUCAUCAACUAGACUCUGGCUUGAACAAGAGCUACAAGAAGCACCAGCAUGAUCAUUCAGAGCAGCAGCAUCUUAAAGAAGAUUGUAUGUCUCCCCCUUUCAGCCUGCGCAAUGUUUCAAAGCUCAUUCUUCCUCCACUUGGUGUGUCAACAAAACAGAAUCCAGUUAACUCCAAAGGGUGGAUCAUAUCUCCAAUGGAUUCCAGAUACAGGUGCUGGGAGAGUCUUAUGGUUGUUCUUGUAGCUUAUUGUGCAUGGGUGUGGCCCUUUGAAGUUGCUUUCAUGCGCUCUUCUCCAAAUAUGAAAAUCCACACUGUGGACAAUGUUGUUGAUCUUUUCUUUGCCAUUGAUAUUGUCUUGACAUUCUUUGUGGCUUAUAUUGAUCGAACUACUCAUCUACUAGUUCGUGACUCAAAAAAGAUUGUAGUGAGGUACUUGUCAACAUGGUUUCUGAUGGAUGUGGCAUCAACCAUACCGUAUGAGGCAAUUGGGUACUUGUUCACUGGAAAACACAAACUCAGUCUCCCUUACUUCCUGCUCGGCAUGCUCAGAUUGUGGCGGAUUAGACGUGUCAAGCAAUUCUUUACAAGGCUUGAGAAAGAUAUCAGGUUCAGCUAUUUCUGGGUCCGAUGUGCUAGGCUUCUUUCUGUAACACUUUUUUCAGUUCAUUGUGCUGGGUGUCUAUAUUACCUGCUAGCUGAGUACUACCCCCACCAAGGAAAGACAUGGAUUGGAGCUGCGUUCCCAAACUUCCGAGAGACGAGCCUUCGGGUCAGAUACAUUUCAGCUAUCUACUGGUCCAUCACCACCAUGACUACAGUAGGUUAUGGUGACCUCCAUGCUGUGAACACCAUGGAAAUGAUCUUCAUUAUUUUCUACAUGCUCUUCAACCUUGGUCUAACUGCUUACUUGAUUGGUAACAUGACAAAUCUUGUUGUUGAAGGAACUCGCCGUACCAUGGAAUUUAGAAAUAGUAUUGAAGCAGCAUCGAACUUUGUGUGUCGAAAUCGGUUGCCUCCAAGGUUAAAAGAGCAGAUCCUGGGGUACAUGUGUCUAAGAUUUAAGGCAGAGAGCUUGAAUCAGCAUCGCCUUAUCGAACAGCUACCAAAGUCUAUUUGCAAAAGCAUCUGCCAGCAUUUGUUUUUCCCAACUGUAGAGAAAGUCUAUCUCUUCAAAGGAGUCUCAAAAGAAAUUCUUGUGUCCCUUGUUGCAAAAAUGAAGGCAGAGUACAUACCCCCUAGAGAGGAUGUUAUCAUGCAAAAUGAAGCACCAGAUGAUGUUUACAUUGUAGUGUCUGGAGAAGUGGAAAUCAUUGAUAAUGUAAUGGAAAGAGAGAGAAUUUUAGGGACUUUACAAACAGAAGACAUGUUUGGAGAAGUUGGUGCACUUUGUUGCAGACCUCAGAACUUUACCUACAGAACCAAGACUCUCACACAGCUCCUGAGGCUGAAAACCAGUGUUCUUAUAGAAGCAAUGCAAAUUAAAAAAGAAGACAACAUACAAAUACUCAAAAAUUUCCUUCAGCAUUUCAAGCAGCUUAAGGAUCUCAGUAUCAGAGACUUGAUGGUGGAGAAUGUGGAAGAAGAGGACCCUAACAUGGCUGUGAACUUGUUAACUGUGGCCUCCACAGGCAAUGCUGCUUUUCUUGAGGAGCUUCUGAGAGCAGGUUUGGAUCCAGACAUUGGAGACUCCAAAGGGAAAACCCCCUUGCACAUAGCAGCAUCAAAUGGGCAUGAAGAGUGUGUUAGAGUCUUACUCAGGCACACAUGCAACAUACAUAUAAGAGAUAUCAAUGAUGACACAGCAAUAUGGGAUGCUAUAGCAUCAAAACACUACUCCAUAUUCCGGAUCCUCUACCAGCUAGCUGCUCUCUCUGAUCCACACACAGCAGGCAAUCUCCUAUGUACAGCAGCAAAAAGAAAUGAUUUAAUAGUCAUGAAUGAGCUUUUGAAGCAAGGACUAAACAUUGAUUCGAAAGAUCGCCGUGGUAACACAGCUAUCCAAAUUGCCAUGACAGAAAAUCAUGUAGACAUGGUUCAGUUGCUUGUCAUGAACGGCGCAGAUGUCUCGGAUGUGCAUACUAAUGAAUUUUCUGCAUACACGUUAAAUGAAAUGCUGCAGAAGCGUGAAGUUGGACACCUAAUUAAUGUAAAUGAGGCCAUGUCCAGUGAGGAUGUAUUGAAGGGGCAACAAUAUCAAGAAGAGAAGGAGCAUAUUAGGGGAAGAUCUAAUGGACUAGUAUGUCCAAGAGUAAGCAUAUAUAGAGGUCACCCUGUAGUGAAAAGAGAAAGAGGUGUAAUGGAAGCUGGGAAACUAAUAAGGUUGCCUGAUUCAUUAGAGGAGCUCAAAACUAUUGCAGGUGAAAAAUUUGGAUUUGAUGCAAGGGAUGCAAUGGUGACAAAUGAUGAAGGAGCAGAAAUAGACUGUAUUGAUGUGAUCAGAGAUAAUGAUAAAGUUUAUAUUUUUGAAUAGGUUAGUGAUGUAAAAAUGUCAACUGUAAAUAUAUAAUCUGCCACAACAGAAUUGCAAGUUUCACUUUUGUUUGUUAGUCAUUUUGUUGCCUUGUUUUUUAACACACGAAGAAGUGGUUAGCUUGUUUUACAAAAAUAAAAAGGACAAGAGGUUUGGUUGGCUCUUGCCCCCAUUCAUUAACAUGAUAAAUAACUAUUUGCAAAUAUCAUC